AUGGUCGACUCCAUCAGCACCACUAACAAAAACGCAGCCGUUGACCCCUACAAGGCCCACAACUACGAGGACCUCCCUCUCGACCAGAAGAUCAACGACCUUGUCACCUUCAUCCAAGGAAUUAAAUAUGGCAUGUUGACGACCAAACUGUCCAGCGAUUCGGACCUCCUGGCCUCACGGUGUAUGGCCUUGGCCGGACAGGAAAAUGGAGGCAUCGACCUCCUAUUCCACACAAACCUCUUCUCUGGCAAAACCAUGGACCUCACCGUCCACCCCACCGAAACGAACAUGUCCUUCCUCGAUCCCGUUAGUGGUGCCUGGGCAUCCAUUUCCGGCACAGCCUCCAUCAUCGGCGACCCUAAGGUCGUUGAGAAAUACUACUCGCCCGUUCUGAAAACCUGGCUGGGCGAUAUGGGUGAUGGAGUGCAUGAUGGUGGUCCUGCUGAUCCGCGGAUUGGUGUUAUUAAGCUCGAGGCGAAGUUGGCGACAUAUACCCUUGCACGGAAGGGGAUUGUUGGACGGGCGGUUGAUGAGGUUAGGGGUGCUGUUAAGGGCGAAGUUCCGGCGAUUAACAAGAUCCGGGAGGUGAGCCAGUCGGAGUUGGCUGAAUGUAAGUGUCCUUCCAUUUCUUAA